GGAGGAAGGAUGGAUUAGAAUGAGAUUCGAAGCUCUGGCGCAACAGCGAUUCCCUUGCGCAGCGCAGAAAGAAAGAAAGGGAGCGAAUGCAUUAUCAUUCGAACGCAGAGAGAGUUCUCUGAUCUGAGCUCGUAGGCAGAGAGUUUGAUGGGUAGAUAGAACCUCGAUCGAUGCAGUUGCAAGGGUCGCGCUUCUCAAGCCUCGUUCCGAAGCUCGAUGUCGUGAGCUUUCAAGGUCGGUCGGGCACAGGGCGGGGAUCGGGAAACCAAGCGCGGAGCCCAUUUCGAAGGACCGAACACGUUCGUUUCACCUAUCAUCGAGCUACGGAGCUUCGAUCGAGUAUUCGCCCUGGGAGGACCUGUAGUUUAUCAUGCUGUCUUAUCGUUGAUUUGUUGAAGGAGGGUAGCGCGCUUGUCUCAAAACGAGUAGAAAGUAUGAUUACAUUGUUGAAGAUGGAAUCACUACCGUCUCUGAGCGCGCUGGUUUCGCCGCUUACUCAUGUCGGCUUGGUUGUGAUGUCGUUGAUCGUCAUCUGGGCUUUGACGUACGUAAUGGAUUGGUUACACAAGUUGGACUCAAGCGCCAGCUUGGGAGAAGGAACAGUUUCAUUCAUGGAGGAUCCCACUUCAUUGGAAAAGAUACAACUCCCAUCUGUAUUUGGGCCGGCUGAGAAGUACUUGUCUAUGAUAAUGCCUGCCUACAAUGAAGAAAACAGGUUACGAAGCGGUCUGGAUGAUACUCUCAGGUAUCUCCAAGAGCGUGCAAACAAAGAUAGAACUUUUACCUAUGAGAUUAUAAUCGUUGAUGACGGUAGCAAAGAUCACACUGUAAGAGUGGCAAAUGAAUACGUGAAGAAAUACAAGCCAGACAUCAUAAGAGUCAUCAAGCUGGGAAAAAACCUUGGUAAAGGGGCAGCAGUUAGAAAGGGCAUGCUCUGUUCUCGGGGUCAGCUUUUAUUGAUGUUGGAUGCGGAUGGGGCGACUAAAAUCACGGACACUGGAAAACUAGAAAAUGAGAUGAAGGUUGCUAUAGACAGGCUGUUGGCUUCUCGAAGUGCGACCACAUCAAGGCAGCAAGUUUCAUUGAAUGACAUACCUGUUGCAGUCUUUGGAUCACGUGCACAUUUGGAACAAGAAGCUCUUGCAAAGCGAAAAUGGUAUCGCAAUGUAUUGAUGAAAGGUUUUCAUUUUUGUGUUCUGCUGGUGGCUGGGCCUGGAAUCCGAGAUACACAGUGUGGAUUCAAGAUGUUUACUCGUUCGGCAGCCCGUCAGCUUUUUACGAACAUGCGACUUAAUCGGUGGUGCUUCGAUGUGGAGCUUGUAUAUCUUUGUAAUAGAUUGGCAAUUCCUGUGACCGAGGUUGCAGUGACAUGGACUGAAAUACCCGGAUCCAAGGUUUCAAUACUGAGUAUCGCACACAUGCUAUUUGAGCUUGUGCUAAUACGAAUGGGGUAUGGCUUCCGAGUGUGGAAAAUUCACAGAAAGGCGGUCCAAGACUGAACACCCCUGGGUAUUAUAAGAAACAGGCGGUGCCCUAGGAAUCGAGCGGGUUUUGCAGAAUCUUCGAUUUCGAUGUAACCCUGGUAUCUGAAACUUUGUUGGUUAUCGGCACCAUUAAGACUAGUAGUGCAUAGGCCAAGUUUUGACACUUUUCCGUGUUACUGCGAAGAUUUUUUAAAAAUACCACAGAGAAAAGAGCAUUCCGCGGGCUUUGAAGUUUUCG